UUCAAGUACUUAAAGGGAUGCAGAAACCCAAACCCCCCGGGGGAAGGGGAAAAUCGUGCCUCUCGUGGGCUGAUGUCGUGCCAUUUUGUCAAACUCUGAAGUGUAACCCCUUACGGCACCGUGCAAGAAAAGUCCUCUUGUGUAACAUUUUUUUUCUUUUUCUUCUGGAUUUGUGUUGGGUUAUUUCAUUCCCUGUAUUCCAACCAAUUUACGUUUUCCCCACGGGCUUGAAAGUGGCAGUACAAAUAAGGGGAAAAGGGGGGUCCUUGAUCAUACAAGAAAAGCCAACCCCUCCUCAACCGAACCUUACUGUGUCUCCAACAAAAGAGGACGCAAGGAGAGAAAAGAAGAAAAAAAGAAAGAAAGGACCAAAAACACCAAUCCGAAAACUUGCACACACACACACACACACACACACACAUACACAUACACAUACAUACAAAUACUGUUCACAGAUACUGCUCAGCAAGAAGAAGAAAGAAAGAAAGAAAGAAAGAAAAGGCAAUAGGAAAGAAAAAAGAGAAGAAGAAACUCUUUUGAACCAAACCAAACCAUACAAUGGAUCGCAACACUCUCUUCAUCACCGACCCACAGUCCAGGGCCCGCGCCCUCUCCUCCCCGGACCCAGAGGCGCGGGGCCGCAAGCGCCGCCGCGACCCGCUCAACAACCCUUUUGUCCUAGCCGCCCGCCCGCCGCACCACAACAACAACAUCCCCUCGGGCGAGUCGAGCACGCUGCGCGGGCGCUGCAGGCACCGCUCGCCGUCAGGCGUCAUGUCGUCGCCGCUGUCUGCCACGCGCACCAGCACAGCGACCACCUCGUCGCGCGGAUCCGCGGCGGAGAAGGCCAGGGGGGCGCGACGGGACCCGUGUUCGCAGUCGCCAGGUGCAGCAGCAGCAGGUGGAGGAGGAGGAGGAGGCACUGGCACAGGCACAGGCAGGAUGAGGGUUCUUGGUGUGGUGUUUAUGCGGCCUGAGAAUCACCGCCGCAGCCAGAGCCCGUCGCGCUCGCGAUCGCCCGUGGUGGCAGGGAGGGGACACGGUGGGAGGGCGGUGGAGACGGUGCUGUCUGCUGCUGCUGGUGGUGCUGGUGCUGGUGGCUUUACUGGGGUGUCUGGGAGGCGGAGACAGAGGACGCAGAGCCGAAGCAGGCGGCAUGGGCUCGAGGGGGCAUUCGCGUCCGUGGGAGGAGUGGCGGGCUCGCCUCUGCGGUUUCGAGGCGGAUGGGAUGCCGAAGGGGAUAUCAGGGGGGAGGAUUGAGGGCUGGGCUGCGCCUCGGGCGGAAGAUACGGAAUGCGUGGGAACGCUUCAUGUUUGCCCUGCUACAUAACAUGUGGCCAGCCUCCAGCCAGAAAUGCCGAUUCACGCACAAGUCGGUCAGAGGGGAAGACAAGAAGAUUGCUGUAAGGGGGACGCCGAGAAGAGAGAGGCAACAAACUUGCAGGGUCUGAUUCAACCUUGGCAGCAGCAGCAGCAGCAGGAGGAGGAGGCACAGAGGCCGGAAGUGUGUAUCAGAGCCUGGAGAUUCUGGGGGUGGCAGGGGUCUUGGGAGUACUCGUCCUUGUGCUGGAUUCACGAUGGGCUUGCAUAUUUUCUAUUCGCAAGGAUUGUUGGACGAUGGUGGCGUCUGUUAUUGCUCAUGAUUUUCCUGAGAGAGAGAGAGAGAGAGAGAGAGAGAGAGGUGUCAGAAUGGUCCAAUAUCGCUUGGUAAGAUAAGGCAGUUGGCCACAGGCAAAAAAGACAGGUGUUGAGUCAUUGUCUAGCCUGCCAGGACCGUCUUAUGCGAACAUUCUUGCCCAUGUAUUACUUCCAGAAGACAGAUAGUAGGUAUUGACCGGUCCUGAUAUCGUC